AUGAAGGGGUACCUUAUCUUGUAUAAUAGUGUGUCAGCAAUCCUCUGGGGAUAUAUUUUAUUUCAGUGUUUCCGCGAUUGGAAUAUUGGUUAUUAUGAAGUUGAAGAAAUCCCUCAUAAGUUCAUGGUUUACACCCAAAUAUUCAAUUCUUCAAUUGAGAUUUUCCAUUCUAUGAUUGGCUUAGUACCUACCCCAAUCCCAACAUUAUUGUUACAAUCAUUCGCUAGAUUGAUUAUCAUGGUUGGUAUUUGUGUCGUCAUACCCGAAAGUUUAGCCAAUUAUGAUAUAACGGUAUUUUCAGGAUUAACAUUAGCAUGGUCAAUAACGGAGGUUAUUCGAUACGGGUUUUACGUUAUCAAAAUGUUCGGUAUUGCUACACCAUAUUGGUUGGUAUGGUUAAGGUACAGUGCUUUCUUGGUAUUAUAUCCACUUGGCUUAGUAUGUGAAAGUACCACCGUUUUCAAUUCUUACGAUUAUGUAAAGACUAAAAUACCUGCUUACUACUACUUCUUAAAAUAUGCAAUUGUAUUGUAUAUCCCUGGAUUCUUGUACCUUUACACUUAUAUGAUUGGCCAACGAACUAAAGUGUUGAAAAAAAUUAAAGCGGAGUGA